AUGAGCGCAGCGCAGCCCCACCAACAAGGCCGUAGGCAUUCUCUGAAUGCCCACUUCAGCUUUGUCGAGCCUGCGAAUACAGCUCACAACAACAAACAAGGCAACGGUGAGAAUGAUGAGUCAUCGAAGCGAACAACUGAGCAGCAUCAUAAGCAGAGCGUACAAAAUACAAAAGCAGCAGAGAAAGGCAAACAACAACAGCCAUCAACAAAAGUGAUCACACCAACAAGUAAGCAGGUACCAGCAAGCACGCCAGCGAAGAAUAACAUAACGCAAGGGGAGAAUGUACCAUUAAAAAAAGGCCAGUCUGUGCAAACUGGCAUUGAUCGCUACGUUAAUAUAAAAAGAAAAUUAAGUCCUUCAAAGGCAGCGGUCAAUCCUAAAAAAUUUCAGGUCGGCACACCAAAUAUGAAUAAAACGGGAGCUUUAAAUGGCAACAGAUUUGCCUUACUAAGCAAGAGUUCAGACGACGUUGCGAAGGAGUUCAAGAUGGACGUGGACAUGCCUACAACACCAACUGUUCGGUCAGCCACCAACGGGCCACUUAUUGGGUCUCCUCCUCCGCCCCGCUCAACCAAUGCGACAGUAUCGACUGCUGCUUCUGGUAGUGGUUCACGAGCAGCCCCAUCAACGCCAUCCGCUCAAGUCGAGCCGCGUCGCAUUCGAUGUCCGCUGUGUCGCCGGAAACAUCGACCAACACUGUGGGCUCUUUAA